AUACAUAUACUUUACACAUACUAUUAUCCAUCAUAAUUAUUACAAACCAUAAAUCAAAUACAAGUUACAACUAUUAUAUUUAGUUUUAUUCUCAAACAGUCAAAUAUUAAUGCUAAUAGUCGGUCAUGUAAGAUGAACGCUUUGUAAUUUCUUUCUCAAUGGCUUGGCUAGCUUUAGCAAUGUGACGUGCCUUCGCAGCUUCAGCUUCUUUUGCUAAUCUCAUUUCAUGGGCUACCUCCAUCCUCACUUUUGCAAUCUCCUUCUCCUCCUAAAAAAGAAAUACCAACAGAAAUAAGAUAUGCAAACAAACAAGAUUGAUGAUUGAAGCUUUCUUUGAGUCUAACAAUGGUGCGCACUCGAGUGAACUCCUCAGUUACUUCCACUGAUGCAAAUGAUAAUCCAGUGGUCGAUGCUCCUUCAAACAUUGCUCCGCCACCAUUGCAGACAUCGACUCACACCAUUCCUAAAGCUCCUGCUUCAGCUCCUCAAAAUCACUCUGCUCUGAUUGAUCGACCAGCGUACGAGGAUGUUAGAAGUCCCUACUACCUCAGCACUGCAGGUCAUCCAGGUUUAGCCUUGGCCACACUAGUUCUUACUAAUCACAAUUUCCAACCAUGGAAGCGUGAUUUCAAAAUUUUAAUAGGUGCGCACAACAAAACCCCUUUCCUUGACAACAGUCUUCCCAAACCUCCUCCCCAAGAUCCUCUGUUGAGUUCUUCGAUCCGUUGUAAUCAAAUGGUUCAAUCUUGGAUCCUUCAUUCCGUCUCUCCCAAAAUAAGGAGCAGUAUCAUGUAUCUUGAUACUACACUCGAAAUGUGGUCUGAACUUCACAAUAGAUUCAACCAAGGGAACAGUUCUUGCAUCUUCAAACUUAAUGAAACCUUGACCUUCUUGCAUCAAGGAGAUGACUCGGUGAGUGCUUACUUCACCAGAUUAACUGCUAUUUGGGAUGAAAUCAAUCAAUUGCAUCCAAAGGUUCCUUGUACUUGUUUGGCUGCUGCAAAAACCCAAGAAUAUUUGAAUAAUGAUCAGGUAUUAUAAUUUCUCAUGGGUCUCAAUGAAAUCUACCAUGUCGUCCGUGCUCAGGUACUUCUUAUUGACCCUUGCCCCCCUCUCAACAAAGUUUUUUCUAUGAUUUUUCAUCAAGAACAACAACAAACCCUUAGCAAUCGCAACACCACUCCUCUUACUGCCACUACUACCACCACUGCCCCAAAUCCCAUAGCUGAUUCUCUUGCAGCCAUGGCUUCAAGAACCAAACGUAUGCGCCCUACUUGUUCCCAUUGCCUAAAACCUGGUCACCUUAAAUAUAAAUGUUACUUUCUUAUAGGAUUUCUUCCUGAUUAUGGCAACAAAAGGACUAUUGAUACCCCUAUAUAUAGCUGGAAACAAGACAAUGACAAUACCUCUAAAAACCCUCCCCACACUUUACAAUGUUUUGUCACAACAAUUGAAAAAAACCCCCUCAGCUCAUACCAACACAAUGUCAACAAAUUAUUUCAAUAUUGACUCAACAGUUACAACCAACUACUUCUACAUCCCAAGAUACUUAUGUGAUUGUGACCAAUUUCUCUGGUAAUAUCAAUCAUUUUCCUUAUAAUUUCUAGAUAAUAUAUAGUGGGACAACUCAUCAUGUUUGUUGUGACAUUAGAUGUUUUUCCUUUUUUGUUGCAAACAAACAUUCUAAAUCUGUGACAUUACUUAAUGUUACCUCUGUCAAUAUUGAAAGAAUUGGAACUAUUAUCAUCAAUUCCAGACUUA